AUGCCUCCAACACCAUCCGCAACCACAAUUCGCCUCCUCAGGCACCUCAUCUGCCGCCAAUUCCCCUCUCCCGCCUCCCACCCCAUCCGCGCUGCCUCCCCGUUCCUCUCCCGCAACACACCACUCACCACCCUUCUCCGCCAGAAACCGCAAAUCGCACAUUUCUCCAGCACACCCCGUCCACAAGCAACAUUCAACCAAGUUCGACGCGGAUGCCGUCAGGAACAAAAGGCGCGCAAGCCGCGGUCGCCGGCGCUCGUCAACCGGCCAGCGAUGAAGGGCGUGUGUCUCAAGACGGGUAUCACGAAGCCCAAGAAGCCUAAUUCUGGAGAGAGGAAGAUUGCGAGGAUUCGAUUAAGUAGUGGGAGACUGAUAACAGCGUAUAUUCCUGGUGAAGGACAUAAUAUCCAACAACAUAGCGUGGUUCUGGUUCGGGGAGGCAGAGCUCAAGAUUGUCCCGGUGUGAGAUACCACGUUGUGCGUGGAGCUUUAGAUCUUGCUGGCGUUGGUGGCCGUAUAACUAGCAGGUCGAAAUACGGAACGAAGAAGCCGAAAACGGCAUAA